CCUCCCUGCUUCCCAAGCCUCGGAGAUGCGCCGUUUGCCGGGGGCCGCCUGGCUGCCGUGGAUCUCGCUGCUGGCGCUCGCGACGGCGGGCUGGGAGCUGCAUCUCCUUUGCGGGGACGGCGGCGGCGGCAACCCGGGCCGCUUGCUCUUGGACCUGUCGCUGGGGCCGGAGUGGCUCUGCGCUCUCGACGAGACUCGGACGCCCCGUCAGUUGAGGGACGCCGUGGAAGCGACGAGCGAGGGGCUGCUGCGGACGACGGCGGCGCCGGUGGAGUGCGCGGGCUUGAGAAGAAAUCCGCUGCCCCUCCAUUUGCGCCUGGCUUCUCCGGCCGGCGGCGUCCUGCUCUCGCUCCGCCUGCCUGUUUACCUGCACGGCCGGGGCUCCCCUGGCCGAUCCCCCCACGUUGCCACCCUGCCUCGCCUGGCCAUUUUCCCAGCUCUUCCCCUCAGGCAGCGUUUGGCUUCUCUGCUGUGCUUCUUCCCUCCCUCUAGGCAGCAGGUGCUUCCCAAAGUGGGGGAGACAAAGGCAGGACCCCUGCUCUGGGCUCUGGUGACCCUGACAAGUUUCCCACGGUGUAUCUGCCCCAACGGUCAGCCUUUGGGGCAAGUUGGGCAGAAACCACUAGACUGCCAUCUUCCCCAAGGGAGCUGCCCCCUGCAGCUCCUUUGUCACUUGAAGAGGACCCAACAGAGUGUUCUGAUAGAGCUGGGGAAGCCUAGGCAUUGGGGAGUGAAACAGCCAUUCGGGGAUAAACUAGAGGUGAGUAGAAGCAGGCAAGAGGUCUCCCCACAAUUGGAGACCCGGAGUGGUAGCAGUUGGGAUUCUGGACCUCGAGGACCUCGGAGGAUGAGGAGUGUGAAUAGCCCACCUCAGUUCAAAUUGCCCAAUUACCAAGUUUCAAUUGCUGAGAACCAGCCUGCAGAUACAGCGGUCAUCACCCUAGAAGCCCAUGACCCAGAUGAAGGGGAGGCAGGCCGCUUAACCUAUUCGAUGGAGGCCUUUUUUGACAAAAGAUCCAACGAUUACUUCUCUGUUGAUUCUAAGACCGGAGCAAUAGUUACCACCCGUAAGCUGGAUCGAGAGACAAAAGAUACCCACGUGCUUCAGGUAACUGCAACGGAUCAUGGGUCUCCACGGCAUCGCUCAGCAGUCACCUUCCUGACUGUGACUGUAAGUGACACCAAUGACCAUGAUCCUGUGUUUGAACAGCCAGAAUAUCGAGAGACCAUUAGAGAGAACCUGGAGGUAGGUUAUGAGGUGCUAACAAUUCGUGCCACAGACGAGGAUGCUCCAGACAAUGCUAAUUUACUGUAUCGUAUCCUAGAACCAGGCUCUGCAGAAGGAAUUUUUGAGAUUGACCCAUAUUCUGGUGUUGUAAGAACUUCUGCCACUGUAGAUAGAGAGGAAGUCUCAGAGUACCAUCUUGUGGUCGAAGCCAAUGACCAAGGGAAAGACCCCGGUCCACGAAGUGCCACAGUUACAGUACAUAUCACCGUGGAAGACGAGAAUGACAAUUCCCCACAAUUCAGUGAAAAACGCUACUUGGUACAAAUACCAGAGAAUAGUCCAAUCAACAGCCAGGUAUUACAAGUAAAAGCCACCGACCGAGACCGUGGCAACAAUGCCCAGGUCCAUUAUAGCAUUGUCAGUGGCAACUUGAAAGGCCAAUUUUAUAUCCAUUCUUUCUCUGGCUCUAUUGACUUGAUCAAUCCCCUGGACUAUGAGACCAUUCGAGAGUACACCCUCAGGAUCAAGGCACAGGAUGGAGGAAGGCCUCCACAGAUCAAUUCAAGCGGGAUGGUGUCCAUCCAAGUGUUAGAUGUAAAUGACAAUGCCCCUAUUUUUGUGAGCACCCCCUUUCAAGCCACAGUGCUAGAAAAUGUCCCCAUAGGAUAUUCAGUGUUACACAUCCAGGCAGUAGAUGCUGACGCCGGGGACAACGCUCGUUUGGAAUACAAACUCUUUGAACUCUCCCAUCUUCCUGCCUUGACAUCCACAGAUGGGAAUACAGUGUUUCCAUUCCAGAUCAACAAUAGCACAGGUUGGAUUACAGUGUCAGCUGAGCUUGACCGAGAGACUACCGAGAAUUACCACUUUGGGGUGGAGGCCAGAGAUCAGGGAGUGCCUGUCAUGUCUUCGUCUGCCAGUGUAUCUAUCACUGUCCUCGAUGUCAAUGAUAACAGUCCUACUUUCACUGAAAAAGUAUAUCAGCUCAGGCUGAAUGAGGAUGCAACAGUAGGCAGCAGCGUCUUGACCUUGACUGCAAUGGACAAAGAUGUCAACAGUGUAGUAACCUACCAGAUCACGAGUGGGAACACAAGGAAUCGCUUUGCCAUUACUAGUCAGAGUGGUGGUGGUCUGAUUACUCUGGCCUUGCCUCUUGAUUAUAAGCAGGAAAGGCAGUAUGUUUUGACUGUCACUGCUUCAGAUGGAACUCUGUUUGAUACAGUGCAAGUCUUCAUCAAUGUCACAGAUGCCAAUACACACCGACCAGUUUUCCAAAGUUCACACUAUACCGUGAGUGUCAGUGAGGACAAGCCCAUUGGAACAUCCAUUGUAACAAUCAGCGCCACUGAUGAAGAUACUGGAGAGAACGCAAGAAUUACUUACAUCUUGGAAGACAACAUCCCUCAGUUCCGCAUUGAUCCUGACACAGGAACCAUCACUACCUUGAUGGAAUUAGACUAUGAAGACCAAGCUUCUUACACGUUAGCCAUCACAGCCCAGGACAAUGGGAUCCCCCAGAAAUCUGAUACCACCUAUGUGGAGAUCCUCAUUCUAGAUGCCAAUGACAAUGCUCCUCGUUUUCUUCGAGAUCGGUAUCUGGGCUCUGUUUUUGAAGAUGUACCCCUGUCCCACAGCGUUUUGCAGGUGUCUGCUGUAGACCGUGACUCAGGUCCCAAUGGCCGCCUUGUUUAUACUUUCCAGGGCGGGGAUGAUGGUGAUGGAGAUUUUUACAUUGAAGCCACAUCAGGAGUGAUACGGACAUUGCGCAAGCUGGAUCGUGAAAAUGUGGCUGUCUACAGCUUGCGUGCUUUUGCUGUGGAUAGGGGUAGCCCACCUCUCAAGGCAUCUGUUGACAUCCAGGUUACUGUAUUGGAUAUCAAUGAUAACCCCCCUGUUUUUGAACAAGAUGAAUUUGACAUCUUUAUUGAAGAGAACAGUCCUGUUGGUUCAAUUGUGGCCAGGAUUAGUGCAGUUGAUCCUGAUGAAGGAACCAAUGCACAGAUCAUGUAUCAGAUAGUAGAGGGGAAUAUUCCUGAGGUCUUCCAGCUUGACCUUCUUAAUGGUGACCUUACAGCCCUGAUGGAUCUGGAUUAUGAGAGCCAGACAGAGUAUGUAAUUGUGGUACAAGCUACCUCAGCCCCACUUGUAAGCCGAGCUACUGUGCACAUACGCCUCCUAGAUCAAAAUGACAACCCUCCUGUGUUGCAUGACUUUCAGAUUCUGUUUAACAAUUAUGUCACCAACAAAUCUAAUAGCUUUCCUUCUGGAGUGAUUGGCAAGAUCCCUGCCCAUGAUCCUGAUAUAUCUGACCAACUUGACUAUACCUUUGUCCAGGGCAAUGAAUUAAACCUGUUGGUUUUGGAUUCUGUUACUGGAGAACUCAAGCUCAGCCGAGAUUUGGACAACAACAGACCCCUUGAGGCCAUAAUGAAAGUAUCAGUUUCUGAUGGUAUUCACAGUGUUACAGCAUUUUGCACCUUAAGGGUUACAAUCAUCACUGAUGACAUGCUUACGAAUAGCAUCACAGUACGACUGGAAAACAUGUCCCAAGAGAAGUUUCUCUCCCCUCUGCUGGCUCUCUUUGUGGAAGGUGUGGCUACUGUACUGUCAACAACCAAGGAGGGCAUUUUUGUCUUCAACAUUCAAAAUGACACAGAUGUUAGCUCCAAUAUUCUGAAUGUGACGUUUUCUGCCCUACUUCCCGGUGGCAUUCGAAACAAAUUCUUCCCCUCUGAAGACCUUCAGGAGCAGAUCUACCUCAACCGGACUCUGCUCACGCUGAUAUCUACUCAACGAGUAUUGCCUUUUGAUGAUAACAUUUGUCUGCGGGAACCUUGUGAAAACUACAUGAAAUGUGUAUCUGUACUGAAAUUUGACAGCUCGGCACCAUUUAUUAGCUCAAAUACUGUACUUUUCCGACCCAUACACCCUAUCAAUGGUCUGAGGUGUCGCUGUCCCCCUGGGUUUACUGGUGACUAUUGUGAAACAGAGAUUGACCUCUGCUAUUCUAAUCCAUGUGGAAACAAUGGCCUUUGUCGAAGUCGAGAAGGAGGCUAUACUUGUGAAUGUUAUGAAGACUACACUGGAGAAUAUUGUGAAGUGAAUGCUCGCUCAGGACGCUGUGCACCCGGAGUCUGCAAGAACGGGGGGACAUGUGUUAAUCUGCUCAUCGGAGGCUUCAAAUGUGAAUGCCCCCCUGGUGAAUAUGAGAGACCUUAUUGUGAGAUGACGACAAGAAGUUUCCCUCCAGAGUCAUUUGUCACCUUCAAGGGAUUAAGGCAGCGCUUCCAUUUCACUGUAUCUCUCAUGUUUGCAACAAGGGAAACGAAUGCUUUGCUUCUCUAUAAUGGACGUUUUAAUGAGAAACAUGAUUUUAUUGCUCUUGAGAUCAUUGAAGAACAGAUCCAGCUAACAUUUUCUGCAGGAGAAACCACCACAACAGUUGCACCAUUUGUUCCAGGAGGGGUUAGUGAUGGGCAAUGGCAUUCUGUCCAAGUGCAGUACUAUAACAAGCCCAACAUAGGGCAACUUGGCAUUCCUCAUGGGCCUUCAGGGGAGAAGGUGGCUGUAGUAACUGUGGACGAUUGUGAUACUGCAGUGGCUGUGCGCUUUGGAAGUCUCAUUGGAAACUACUCCUGUGCUGCUCAGGGAACACAGUCCGGCUCCAAAAAGUCAUUGGAUUUAACUGGACCUCUGCUGCUUGGAGGUGUUCCCAAUUUACCUGAAGAUUUUCCUGUACAUAACAGGCAGUUUGUUGGUUGUAUGAGGAAUCUCUCCAUAGACAGCAAGCCUAUCGAUAUGGCCAGCUACAUAGCCAAUAAUGGCACACUUGCAGGUUGCUUAGCUCAGAAGAAUUAUUGCACCACAAACUGGUGUCAGAAUGGUGGUACCUGUGUGAGCAAAUGGAAUACUUACAGCUGUGAUUGCCCCCUGCGAUAUGGGGGCAAAAACUGUGAGCAAGCAAUGCCUUUUCCUCAGCGGUUCACUGGAGAAAGCAUCAUCACCUGGAAUAACCUUGAUAUCACUAUUUCUAUACCAUGGUACAUUGGCCUCAUGUUUAGAACUCGCAAGGUUAAUGGUGUGUUAAUGCAAGCCAGUGCGGGAGUAUCAUCUAAGAUUAAUAUACAGAUACUGAAUAAAUAUGUGGUAUUUGAGGUCUAUGAUGGACCGAAUCAGGUGGCCAGUUUGAGGAUGACCCAGGUACGGAUCAAUGAUGGUGAAUGGCAUCAUUUGUUAAUAGAGUUGAAGAGUGCGAAAGAUGGCAAAGACAUCAAAUAUCUUGCAGUUGUGUCCUUGGAUUAUGGCAUGUAUCAGAGCACUGUACAGAUUGGAAAUCAGUUACCUGGACUAAAAAUGAAAAGCAUUAUUGUAGGAGGUGUCUCUGGAGAUCUAGUCUCUGUGCAGCAGGGCUUCUAUGGCUGUCUACAGGGAGUGAGGAUGGGGGAAACAUCUACAAAUGUUGCUACAUUGAACAUGAAACAGGCAGUCAAGAUUAACGUCAAGGAUGGCUGUGAAAUAGACAACCCUUGUGAUUCUAACUCUUGUCCCCUUCACAGCUAUUGUAGUGAUGACUGGGACAGCUAUUCAUGUAUCUGUGACCCAGGGUACUUUGGGACAGACUGUAUUGAUGUUUGUAGUCUGAACCCCUGUGAACAUGUCUCUACUUGUAUUCAUAAACCAAGCUCUUCCCAUGGGUAUACCUGUGAAUGUGGACAAAGCUAUUAUGGACAGUACUGUGAAAGCAAAAUUGAUUUACCUUGUCCCAGAGGCUGGUGGGGAAAUCCUAUUUGUGGGCCCUGUAAUUGUGAGAUCAGUAAAGGAUUUGAUCCUGACUGCAAUAAGACAAAUGGAGCCUGUCGAUGUAAGAAAAACUAUUACCGACCACAAAACAGUGACUCCUGUUAUCCAUGUGAUUGUUUCCCUUCUGGUUCCCAUACUCGCUCUUGUGACAUGGAAACUGGGCAAUGUCCCUGCAAAUCAGGAGUGAUUGGACGACAGUGCAAUCGCUGUGACAAUCCCUUUGCUGAAGUUACACUUCAUGGAUGUGAAGUGGUUUACAAUGGAUGUCCCAAAGCUUUUGAGGCUGGCAUUUGGUGGCCACAAACCAAGUUUGGACAACCUGCUGCUGUUCCAUGUCCUAAAGGAUCAGUGGGAAACGCUGUUCGGCAUUGUAGCAGUGAGAAAGGCUGGCUUUCCCCUGAACUUUUUAACUGUACCACUGUUGACUUUGUGACUCUUAAAAUCAUGAAUGAGAAAUUUCUCCACAAUGAGACAAAAAUGGACAGUGCUAAGUCAGUGCAGAUAGUGAAAGUGCUUCAAAAUGCCACAAACCACACAAGUUCCUUCUAUGGAAAUGAUGUGCGGACAGCCUAUCAGAUGAUGAUCAGGGUGUUGCAGUAUGAGAGCCAGCAACAGGGAUUUGAUUUGGCUGCAACAAGGGAUGUGGAAUUUAAUGAGAAUAUCAUAAAAACAGGAAGUGCCUUACUGGAUCCUUGCACAAAAGACCUUUGGGAACACAUCCAAAGGACAGAAGGGGGUACAGCUCACUUGCUGAAAUACUAUGAAGAUUAUUUUCACAAUUUGGCAAAGAACAUGAAAAGUACCUACAUGAAACCUUUUGUUAUCAUUGCUGCAAACAUGAUUAUUGCUGUUGACAUAUUUGAAAAGUCUAAUUUUACGGGAGCUAGAGUACCACAUUUUAGUGCAAUCAAAGAAGAGUAUCCAAAAGAUUUGGAAUCGUCUGUUUUGUUUCCUGAAACUUUGCUCAAAACCUCUAUCACAAAAGUGGGUCCUACAAUAAAGCCUUCAAACUAUGGAAUGUUAUUGAAGAUGGAGGAUGAGAUUGUAAAUAAUAAAAAUAUACACGCCAAAAGACAACGUCGGCAUCCAGAGAAUUCCAGCCUACAUGCUGUUGGCAUGGUGAUUAUAUAUCGAACCUUGGGACAUCUUCUGCCUGAGAACUAUGAUCCUGACCGAAGGAGUUUAAGGUUACCCAACCGGCCCAUCAUUAAUACUCCAGUAACCAGCGUAAUCAUUUAUAGAGAUGGAAAUUCUUUGCCUAAUCUACUGGACAUCCCCAUUAGGAUUGAGCAUGUUAUGCUGAAUACAGAGGAGAGAACAAAGCCUGUUUGUGUGUUCUGGAACCAUUCAAUUGCAACUAGAGAAGCAGGAGGCUGGUCUUCCAAAGGGUGUGAACUGUUUUCUCGGCGCCAAAACCGUGUUAUUUGUCAAUGUAACCACAUGACCAGUUUUGCAGUCCUGAUGGAUAUUUCAAAACGUGAAAAUGGUGAAGCACUUCCUCUCAGGAUCAUCACUUACACAACAGUUUCCAUCUCUCUGGUAGCUUUGUUGCUGACCUUCAUACUUCUGGUCUUGAUCCGUACAUUGCGGUCCAAUCUGCAUAGCAUUCACAAAAACUUGGUAGCUGCUCUGUUCUGCUCAGAGUUAGUCUUCCUGAUAGGAAUCAAUCAGACAGAAAAUCAAUUUGUGUGCACGGUAAUAGCCAUUCUUUUGCAUUACUUCUACAUGAGCACAUUUGCUUGGAUGUUUGUUGAGCAGCUUCAUAUUUACCGCAUGCUGACUGAAGUGAGAAACAUCAAUUUUGGGCACAUGAGGUUCUAUUACGUUAUGGGCUGGGGGAUUCCUGCCAUUAUAACAGGUCUUGCUGUUGGUUUAGAUCCUCAGGGAUAUGGAAACCAAGAUUUUUGUUGGCUUUCUAUUUAUGACACCCUGAUUUGGAGCUUUGCUGGUCCCAUUGUAAUAGUUGUGGCCAUCAACAUUGUAAUCUUCGUCUUAGCAGUGAAAGCAUCAUGUAAACGAAGGCAGCGUUCACUGGAGAAAACUGGUAUCAUCUCUGUACUGAGGACUGCCUUCUUCCUUCUCCUGUUGGUCAGUGCAACUUGGUUACUGGGUCUGAUGGCAGUAAAUAGUGACAUAAUGACCUUUCACUACUUGUUUGCUAUCUUUAGCUGCUUACAGGGCCUGGUCAUCUUUUUUUUCCACUGUAUAUUCAACAAGGAAGUGAGGAAGCAUUUGAAGAAUACAUUCAAUGGAAAAAAGUCGUUUCCAGAUGACUCCACAACAACUAGAGCCACCCUGUUAACUCGGUCUCUGAAUUGCAAUGAUACGUAUACUGAAGAACCAAACAUGUAUCGAACCACACUUGGGGAAUCCACCGUCUCCCUAGAAAGCACCGUCAGUAGAGAUGAAGCUGCCCAGAAACAUAGCAUAUCAAGUCAAGCAAGAGCUGGUAAUCCUGAAGGAGAUUCCUCCAUCUUUCAAAGGAAGCCAUCAAAAUCCAAUGAGCGUGAUUCUGAUUCUGACAGUGAACUGUCCCUUGAUGAACACAGCAGUUCGUACGCUUCCUCUCACUCGUCAGAUAGUGAGGAAGAUGUGAUAGACGUGGAGAAGAAAUGGAACACUGGCACUUUGAAAAACAAUGAGCGGGUCCCAGUCCCAGUCCACAGCACUCCUAAAGUUGAUACGGUGCCCAACCAUGUGAAACCCUACUGGCCAUCUGAAGGCAUCGAUGCAAGUGAUGAGGAAGAGCCAAAUGCAAAACAAAAACUGAAGGUGGAAACAAAGGUUAAUGUAGAACUACAUCAGGAAAAUCAAGUGAAUCACAGCAGUGAAAUACCUCCGGAAAAAGAGGAAGAGGGACAGCAAAAGGAGAAUAAACCACUCACUCAUCAAAACCAUCAACCACCAGAACAGAGGAAAGGCAUAUUGAAAAAUAAAAUCACCUACCCUCCUCCAUUAGUGGACAAAAAUAUGAAGAAUCGACUAAGAGAAAAAUUGUCAGACUAUCAUCAAACUACGAUCUCACCUAGAACUACUUCUGUUGGGACUAACAAUGGUGUUCGCUCCACUUCAGACUCUGGAGUAACAAUAAAAAACCCAAGAAGAGAAAAUCCUCCAGAACAGAUGAAUGGCUUAGCCAUGAAUGUCCACAUGGGAACAAUAACAGCUGAGAAUAACUCGGAUUCUGAAGGCAGUAAUGAAACUUCAAUUUGAAUCAUCAGGAAAUAGUGAAGACUCUGUUACCUUGGAUAAUGACUCUGCUGUAACAUUGUGGUUGGCACAACUCAAGUCUGCAUUUGAGUCUGCAGUUCAUUUGCCAUUUGCCAUGGAGUGAGGAUGCCAAGACUGUCACUUUGGGAAUCCACACCUACUUGUGACAAUUCCACAAUUUCCUGUGAGUUGCUCAGUGAAGUUACAGUUAUAGGCGCUCCAAAGUACUUGCCUGACUGCAUCAAUUGUGCCAUAUGGAGACCAGAAAAAUGGAAUUCACUACUGCAAAAAAA